UUUAAAUCUACUGUUCCCGCACUCAUAACCUGCACAUAACACUAGAGAUUUACAGUAAGACAGAGAGGAGAGAGAGAGAGAGUGUGUGUGUGUUUGUGCUUAUAUAGAGAGAGAGUGACCUCUCCUCAAUAACUCUCAAGUCCAGAGAGAAUCAGGCUAUAUUGAAAGCUGUCAAUCCCCAAGAUUUUUCUCUCUCUACAGCUCUGGAACACGAGCCUAGCCAUUUUCAAGCUUCUUCUUCUUCGUCGAUCUCAAAAAAAGCUUCUGUAAAUUUAUGAAAGACAAAUAGGCAUCUGAGUGGGGGUGAUUGUUCUGACUGUUUGCAUGAGGCUGUUGCCUCAUGGUGAAUAGAUUGUCAUAUGCAUUUAUCAUUGCCCUCUCCUUGAAGAGAUUUUGAAGGGUUCCUGAUUGUUGCUUUUCUCCAUCAUCACAGCUGCUUCUUUCAUUGCUGUUGAAAAAGGUGAAAUUUUUUUAGAAUGAAGGAGAUUGGCAAGAAGACAAGUCCAAACAGUAAUAAAACAAAACGUUCUGGAAGAUCUGAAAGAAGAGAUCACAAACUUUCACAAGAUAACGGCUGCAAAAAUUUGACAGCAAAAGAAACUGUAUCUAAAAUUUCAUAUUCUAAACCAGAGUCCAAUGUAUCAGUAAUUGAUUCCAACGCUGGAACAAAACCAUCUGAAGUUUAUGAAAAUAUGGUUAUACAUUAUGUGGAUGAUGUCAACAGGUUGAAGGAGGCAUCUCAAGAUUCAAAAACCCAUGAAAUGGUUGACAAAGAGAAUACGGAUGAAAUGAACGGUCAUUCUAGCGACGUGCAGAAAGAACAGAAGCAAGGGAAUGAAGAAGAAUCAGAUUCUGAGACAAUAAAAGAUUCGGUAUCAUCUCAAGGGGAUUCACAAACAGCUGAGGAUGAGAAAGUAGAAUGCCCUUCAACAGUUCCUAAAAAGCUUGUGAAAAAGGAUUCUGCUGACAGCCGGUCCCAUGCUUCCAGAGUGAAAUCUGAUCGAGGAACCAAUAAUUUGAAGAUUAAUGCAUCACAUGACAGUCCAAAGAAAGGUACAAAAUCCAAUAAAGGGCCUUCUAACACAACCAGCAAAAUUAUAUCUGAUGAAUACGUAAAACAUAUGAAGGUUCAUCCUAAACCUUCAUCUGAAUCAUCUGAAGGUGUUGAUGAGAAGCCUCUUGAGGAUGUAAAGGAGGUGGAGAUAUUAGAUGAGACCUCAAAUGGUACUCAGAGUCUUGGAAGUGAUGAUGAAGCAGUCAAUGCUGAGGAAAACGGUGACCAUGAAGAUCAGGCAGCUUUAAGCCAAAAGAUCGAAGAAAUGGAAAAAAGGAUUGGAAAACUUGAAGAGGAGCUGAGAGAAGUUGCUGCUCUUGAAAUUUCACUCUAUUCUGUUGUACCAGAGCAUGGUAGCUCAGCACAUAAGGUGCACACGCCUGCUCGGCGUCUUUCUAGACUCUACAUUCAUGCUUGCAAACACUGGUCUCAAGACAAGCGGGCCACGGUUGCAAGAAACACAGCGUCAGGGCUUGUUUUGGUCGCCAAGUCAUGCAGCAAUGAUGUCCCAAGGUUAACUUUCUGGUUGUCAAACACUGUGGUACUGAGGGAAAUUGUCUCUCAAGCUUUUGGCAAUUCAUGCAACUCAAGUUCAAUUUCAAGGAUUUGUGUGUUAAACGGAGGAGGAAAGAAAAGUGAAGGGAAGUCUCCUUCACUAAAAUGGAAAGCUCAAUCUGGAAAUAGACAGACAAGCAAACAUGAUUUUUUGCAGUUCAUUGAUGAUUGGCAAGAGACAAGAACAUUAACAGCUUCACUAGAGAGAGUUGAAUCCUGGAUUUUCUCUAGGAUAGUUGAGUCAAUAUGGUGGCAGACCUUGACCCCUCAUAUGCAAUCUCCAGUUGAGGAUUUGAAUAUCACUAAAACCAUUGGAAGGUUAUGUGGACCUGCCUUGGGAGACCAGCAACAAGGCAACUUUUCGAUUGACCAUUGGAAAAAUGCUUUCGAAGAUGCUUUCAAAGGACUUUGUCCAGUUCGAGCAGGAGGGCACGAAUGUGGUUGCUUGCCUUUGUUGGCAAGAAUGGUGAUGGAACAAUGUAUUGCCAGACUAGAUGUGGCCAUGUUCAAUGCUAUUCUGCGUGAGUCAGCCCAUGAGAUCCCAACUGAUCCUGUAUCAGAUCCUAUAGUCGAUUCCAAGGUUUUGCCUAUUCCAGCGGGCAAUUUGAGUUUUGGAUCUGGUGCACAACUCAAAAAUUCUGUUGGUAAUUGGUCUAGAUGUCUUACUGAACUGUUUGGCAUGGACGUGGAUGAUUCACCUAGGGAAGAUCAACGCAGCAAUGAGGAUGAUGACACACCCGGUGAAGAUACUGAAAAAAAACAUUUUCAUCUUCUUAAUGCCCUGAGUGAUCUUUUGAUGCUUCCGAAAGACAUGCUUCUGGACCGAUCAAUCAGGACGGAGGUUUGCCCAUCUAUUACUCUUCCAUUGGUUAAACGGAUACUCUGCAACUUUACUCCAGAUGAGUUCUGCCCAGAUCCGGUCCCAGGUGCUGUUUUGGAGGCAUUAAAUGCCGAGUGUAUCAUAGAGCGGAGAUUAUCUGGUGGAGACUCUGCCAGCAGCUUCCCUUAUAAUGCUGCCCCGGUUGUCUACACCCCUCCUUCCCCUGCCAACGUGGCGGAGAAAGUUGCAGAGGCAGGAGAGAAAUCUCAGCUGGCUAGGAAUGCAUCUGUUGUACAGAGGAAGGGAUAUACCAGUGAUGAAGAACUGGAGGAGCUCGAUUCUCCUCUGGCAUCCAUCAUUGACAAAUUACCGCCAUCUCCAACUGUUAGGGCGAAUCAAAAUGGAAAGAGCAAGGACCAAACGAGUAAUGUUGGUGCAAAUGCAAGGUACGAACUCCUUCGUGAAGUUUGGUUAGCGUGAAUCCUACCAUAUGGUGACUCAGUGCACGACUCUCCCCUGUAGUCUUACCCCAUCUCCACAGAGGCUGUCUCCGUGACUUGAAGCCGUAAGUUUUAUUAUGUAUAGCCGUGUUUUUUGUGUAAGAAAAAUGAAUAUGAAGUAAAUAGGAAGCAAAGUGAGAGGUUGGUUUUCAAGAUAUCCUCAAAUGUGUCCAUAGGAGUGUGAGUGAAUGAGUUUGUUAUUGUGUUACAAUACAGAAGCUCCACUGCAUUUAAUAGACAUUUUUCUCAGUUUUUAAGAGUCUAUCUCUUUCUUGGAAAGACAUAUACAUAAUGUAUUCACAAUUGAACCAUUUGGGACCUAAAUUUGCAUUUUGGUUCUUGUUUUUGUUUUUGGUAUGAAUCAAAUUUGAAUUGUAUUCUAA